GAAUCGUAUACACCCACCAACCUCAUCUCAUCUCUAUCAAAGAAGGAAAAAAAAAAAAAAAAGCAGAAAAAUAAUGCAUGGCCUUCGAUCGACGACGUCCUGCACAUGCAUAUAAAUACUCAACCAAGCUAGUUUCUCCACAGUAGCAAAAUAGAGAAGGGUUAGGUUCCGUUCUUUGAAGAGAGUUGACGUAUAGAAAAAUGAUAGGGUGGGAAGAUGUUUAUAAGGUGGUGGUGGCCAUGGUGCCUUUGUACGUGGCCCUGGUGUUAGGUUACGGGUCAGUAAGGUGGUGGAAAAUAUUCACACCUGAACAGAGUGGAGCUGUGAAUCGUUUCGUUUGUUACUUCACUCUCCCUCUUUUCACCUUCGAAUUCACAGCCCAUGUUGAUCCUUUCAACAUGAACUAUCUAUUCAUUGGUGCUGAUGCUAUAUCUAAGUUCAUUAUAGUGGUUGUGCUUGCUUUCUGGGCUAAGUUUAGUAGCAAAGGAAGCUACACAUGGUCCAUUACAAGCUUCUCUUUAUGUACGUUAACUAAUUCUCUUGUUGUGGGUGUGCCUCUGGCGAAAGCCAUGUAUGGGCAGAUGGCAGUUGAUCUUGUGGUUCAAUCAUCUGUCAUUCAAGCCAUAAUUUGGCUUACCAUUUUGUUGUUUGUGUUGGAAAUAAGAAGAACAGGACUUGAUAUUUCUUCUAAUACUAAUGGUGAAAAUUUAGACAAGGAUUUGGAGGGGAUAAGUAGAAGUGUAGAUCAUAAAAUGGAAAGUGCAAAGCCUUCUUUCUGGGCUUUGAUGAAGGUGGUGUGGUUGAAAAUGGCUAUGAAUCCUAAUUCAUAUGCCUGUAUCAUUGGUCUUGUUUGGGCUUUUAUAGCAAAAAGGUGGCAUUUUGAAAUGCCAAGUAUCAUGGAGGGGUCUAUAUUGAUCAUGUCAAGGGCUGGUACAGGCACUGCUAUGUUUAGCAUGGGGAUCUUCAUGGCUUUGCAAGAAAAGUUAAUUGCCUGUGGGACAGGACUAACUGUUGUAGGGAUGGUUCUAAGGUUCAUUGCUGGACCUGCAGCCAUGGCUAUUGGCUCUAUUGCUGUUGGUUUGCACGGUGACGUUUUAAGGGUUGCUAUUAUUCAGGCAGCAUUACCACAAUCUAUUACAUCCUUUAUAUUCGCAAAAGAAUAUGGAUUGCAUGCAGAGGUGCUAAGCACAGCAGUUAUCUUCGGCAUGAUAGUGUCGCUUCCAGUGCUAAUUGCUUAUUAUGCAGUUUUAGAAUUUGUACAUUAGGAAUCUCAGACAAUUUUGAAACCAAGUACCAAGGGACAAAGAGAUAUGUUGAAUUAUAGCUGUGUUAAUUGCCACGUUUAAUUAAUACCAUUUUACAAUUUUCUUCUAAUAUAUUUAUGUCCUGUAGCCAAUUAUAAAUUAUAAAAAAAAGUGGCUUUAAUUAUGACGUCACUAUAUAAUUACUCUUAUAUUAUCAUAUUAUGUAAUAUUUCAUUGAAUUUUGUUAGGUUUAUUUUUCAAAA